UUCAAAUCUUGGAUGCUUCGACCUGGCUUCGGGUCCAGUUCAUAAUUCGAACCUCAUUUUAUCUUUUUUUUUCUUCUUUUCUUUGGAUAAAAAUAAAAAUAAAAAACGAUAAACGACAAAGCUCAGUCGACAGCUUCAACCUUCAGCUAUCAAUCUGCUUGGUUGGGGCUAAACUUUGGCAUAACUUUGAUCCAUUAUCGCGAGGUCCAGUAUUCCAACGCCAAUGCGCUUUCUUUUCCGAAUUUCGAUCCGUAUAGGGUUUUGGUAGCUGAAUUGCAUAGCUUGUACGGAUUAUCGGUACAUUUUGCGUUUCGCGCGCUGGAUCUAGAGGUGUUCUCACAAAUUAGAGGAAAGGCUCAAGAUGGGACUUUUUGAUGGAUUGCCUGUCUCUCCCAAUAAAGCAGAAUUAAGGGGAGAGCUUUCACGAAUAGAUGAGAGCUGGGCUGCUGCACGGUUUGAUUCAUUACCUCAUGUUGUCCAUAUUUUGACUUCAAAAGAUCGUGAAGCUGAAGUUCAGUUUCUGAAGGAGCAAAGUGAUGUUGUUGAGGAGGUUGUGGAUGAAGUGGUGCAUGCUUAUCACAGUGGCUUCAACAAAGCUAUUCAGAACUAUUCCCAGAUAUUGCGUUUGUUCAGCGAAUCCACAGAAAUUAUUGGUGUCCUAAAGGUUGAUUUGGCUGAUGCGAAAAAGUGUCUUAGUGCUCGUAAUAAACAACUUCAUCAGUUAUGGUAUCGAUCGGUUACAUUGCGUCACAUAAUUUCCCUAUUAGAUCAAAUUGAGGGCAUAGCUAAGGUUCCAGCUCGCAUUGAGAAGCUGAUUGCUGAUAAGCAGUUUUAUGCUGCUGUUCAAUUGCAUGUUCACUCUACAUUGAUGCUUGAGCGAGAAGGACUUCAGACGGUUGGUGCCCUUCAAGAUGUUCGAUCAGAGUUGUUGAAGCUGAGAGGAAUAUUAUUUUAUAGAGUUUUGGAGGAUUUGCAUGCACAUCUUUACAACAAGGGAGAUUAUAGCUCAGCUUCCUUAGGUAUCGAUGAAAAGGAUGAUGAGGUACCAACCACCACAGCUGUUGCAUAUUCAAUGAAUAAUUCACAAUCUUUAUCUCGAAGGACCAGGUUACUGAAAGGCGACAAUGGAUCAUACAAGGCAGCUUCUGUUGAUGGGGGUUCAUCUUUUGAUGGCCAUGAUGAGGAUGGUGCUUUGGAACUACAUGAUGAAGUUACCUCAGACGGGCAUACAACAUUAGUUAGGGUAAAUGGCGGUGAAGGUUUCCCAAAAGAUGUCAAAACUAUUUCUCGUCAAAUGCCAACCUGGCUUUCAAAUUCCACUCCAGAUGAAUUUCUUGAAACAAUGAAAAAGAGUGAUGCCCCACUUCAUGUAAAGUAUCUCCAGACCAUGGUUGAGUGCCUUUGCAUACUUGGCAAAGUUGCUGCUGCUGGUGCUAUGAUCUGCCAAAGACUGCGACCUACAAUCCAUGAGACUAUCACAUCCAAGAUUAAAUCCCAUGCAGAUCUUAUUAAUUCUUCGAGGUAUGGUAUUGGCCAGACUGCCCAUACUGCUACACCUGGUUUACAUUUCAUGAAGGGGCAGUUAGAAAGCUAUCAGUUGUCAAAGCAGAAGCGUCAAAAUGGGAUAUCGCUGACUGGGACCCUAUUGACAGCAAGCCCUGUCUCACCUGUAAUGGCCCCCACAGGAAAAGCACAGGCUUCGACAAAAGAACUGUUAGAUUCGAUUUUGGACACUGUUGUCCGUAUAUUUGAGAAUCAUGUUGUUGUGGGAGAGAUUUUGGAAUCAAAAUCUGCUCAGUUUGAAAACACAUCAAAGUCAUUGCCAGUAGAUGUAAGCUGGAAUCCCGAUUCUGAAACAUCUCAAGUAACUGGAGGCUACAGUAUUGGAUUUUCCCUGACAGUAUUACAGAGUGAGUGCCAACAACUCAUUUGUGAAAUUCUCCGAGCAACUCCCGAAGCUGCUUCUGCUGAUGCUGCUGUACAAACUGCUAGACUUGCGAACAAGGUUCCUUCCAAAGAGAAGAGGGAUGGGGCAGAAGAAGGUCUCACUUUUGCUUUUCGCUUCACAGAUGCUAGUAUAUCAAUCCCCAAUGAGGGGGUUGAUCUUAUUCGCCAAGGCUGGAAUAGGAGAGGUCCAAACAUAUUGCAAGAAGGUUAUGGGUCAGCAUCUGUCUUGCCGGAGCAAGGCAUAUAUCUUGCAGCAUCUAUAUACCGGCCUGUAUUGCAGUUCACAGACAAAGUUGCUUCAUUGCUGCCAACAAAAUAUUCUCAGCUAGGGAAUGAUGGCUUACUAGCAUUUGUGGAGAAUUUCGUAAAGGACCACUUUUUACCAACAAUGUUCGUAGACUACAGAAAAAGUGUACAGCAAGCUAUAUCAAGUCCAGCUGCAUUCAGGCCCCGAGCACAUACUGCUGCAACUUAUACUCCAUCAGUUGAAAAGGGUCGACCUGUCUUACAGGGUCUUCUGGCUAUAGAUUUCUUAGCGAAGGAGGUGCUUGGUUGGGCUCAAGCAAUGCCUAAAUUUUCUGGUGAUCUUGUGAAAUAUGUGCAAACUUUUUUGGAGCGAACAUAUGAAAGAUGUCGGACUUCAUACAUGGAGGCAGUUCUUGAGAAGCAAAGUUAUAUGCUUAUUGGGAGGCAUGAUAUUGAGAAAUUGAUGCGACUUGACCCCGCAAGUGCAUGUUUACCAAAUGGUGUUGGACAAUCUAACAUUAAUAAUCAUACAGCUGAUGCUGAAACUGUUGAGGUUGAAUUAGAACUAUGUGAUUUAUUGUUAACUUUGCGGCCUAUUAAGCAGGAGAAUCUGAUUCGCGAUGAUAACAAACUUAUUUUGCUUGCUUCCCUUAGUGAUUCAUUAGAGUAUCUUGCAGACUCAAUUCAAAGGCUUGGAUGGACAACUGUGAAAGCUCCAACUCAAGAAGGAGAGAGUGGCAAGAAGAAUCAUACUCAAUUGAGCACUGCACCUUCUAGGGAUAUGGCUUCAUUUGCAGACGAGUAUAGGAAAUUGGCAAUUGAUUGCCUCAAAGUUUUACGUGUUGAGAUGCAACUGGAGACUAUUUUCCAUAUGCAGGAAAUGACAACCAGGGAGUAUCUGGAGGACCAAGAUGCAGAAGAACCAGAUGACUUUAUUAUCUCACUCACUGCACAGAUUAUGCGCAGAGAUGAGGAAAUGGCGCCUUUUGUUGCGGCAGUGAAGCGGAAUUACAUAUUUGGGGGAAUAUGCAGUGUUGCAGCCAAUGCAUCCAUAAAGGCUUUGGCUGACAUGAAGUCCAUCAAUCUUUUUGGGGUUCAGCAGAUAUGCCGAAAUUCAAUUGCAUUGGAACAGGCACUAGCAGCUAUACCCUCAAUUGACAGUGAAGCUGUACAACAGAGAUUAGAUCACGUUCGAACGUACUUCGAACUUCUAAACAUGCCAUAUGAGGCCUUGCUUGCCUUCAUCACGGAGCAUGAGCACUUGUUCACAGCUGCCGAGUACACUGAUCUUCUAAAGGUCCAAGUCCCAGGAAGGGAGAUUCCCGCCGACGCUCAGGACCGUGUAAUGGAUAUUUUAUCCCGUUAGCCUUCUGGGUUUUUGGAUUUGGAUCUACUUUGGGUUUCUUAGAUCAAAGAGGUGCAUUGUUCUUAGGGAAGUUCUCAUGUUUGGGUCACUUCAAGUGGUGGGGAAGGUUUUUUCUUUAUUGUGUUUUGUUGAGGUCAUAUUGUAGUUCUUUAUUAUUUUUUAUUAUAAUUAUUAUUUGUUAAUGUGCAGCAUCAAUUUUGUUCAUUCGUCUUUGCCUUAUGAGAAACUUGGGUUUGUAGCUAUGGCGUGAAUAGAAAAAGAAAAAUGUAAUUUAAAAUUUCAAUUCCAUUAGCUUUUGUAAAUCAUUUCAUUGGUUCUCACAUUAAUAUCUCCUUUUGUUUUUUUUU